AUGCAAGUUUUGUCUGUAACAAAUCAUAAAACUCACUUGCACACUUCUGAAAGUGAUUUGUCAAUUGUUUGUAGUAAAGAUCCACAGAUACCACAAUUCUCAAGUGAUGCUGCUGUCUUUAAGAGUUCUGCCGCUUCAAAAUGUUUUGUUCAAAUUCAUAAAAGUGAACUGACUGAAGUUUGGCGACUUAAAAGAAUUGAUGGAAUAGAAACAUUCGAUCGCAUAAGAAAAACUAAAACCGAUGGAGUUCAAUCAGUUUGCUGUAGCAAAAACAAAGAAGGACAUCCAGAAUAUGCAAUUGGAUACAAUACAGGACAAAUAAAAGUCAUUGAAUUGAAUGAGAAGAAUAAUAUUAUUGCAACUUUUAAACCAGAGCCAAACAACAAAGCAAGCGUCAUAUCAGUAGAUUUCAGCAGUUGUGGAGGGUUCUUAUCAAGUGUUUAUGAAAAUGGACAUGUCAGCAUUUUUGGUCUUCAAACGAAAGUCAAAACCGCAAAUUUUCGUCCUGAUAAAGAAACAAUUAUCGCCAGAUUUCAUCCAGGAAGACGUUUACCGUUAGCAAUGGCAUCGUUUACAGGAGCUGUCAUGAUUUACGACAUUGCAUCGAGAAGUUCAGUGUAUGAACAACGCCAUGCUCAUCGUGCACCUUGUAGUGACAUCGCAAUGUGUGAAGAUGCUCCAAAUUGGCUUUUUUCUUGUGGUUACGAUAGUAAAAUUAACAUUUUCGAUACAAGAACUAAGAAAAUUGGACAACAAAUACAUUUAAAUUGUGGCCUUUGCACCAUGAGCGUCCCAAAAUGUGGAUCACUUUUCGUUGUUGGUAAUCUUAAAGGUGAUGUCAUCACAUUUGAUGUCCGACACUUGACCAGAUCUUUAUCGAAGAAGAAUGUCGGCACUGAACCAGUGACUCGCGUCCACUUUAUGUCGUUAUCUGGCGAUUCUAGUGGAGAAUAUUCAAGAUUAGCAAAUAUGGAAUCAAUUGAAACUUUGGAUCUGUCAGAAGUGCCAGGAAUUGAAAAUGAUGUCACAAUGGAAAUUGAAGAGUUGUCAAAAUUUCGAAAAGGUCAAAUAUCAGAUCUCAACAUGAGCUGCUCAUCGCGUGUCAGUUUAUUUAGAGCCGAAGAUGAAGAAAGUUACAGAGAAAGUGUGGGAAGACGUGAAAGUGAUUUGUUCGGAAGGAGAAUGGAAAAUGUGUUGAAGGAUUUGUCGUUUAAGGAUUACGAAGAUUGUACUGAAACGGAAAGUCCUAAAACUGUCAGUGAUGAAAGCAAUGUGAACCAGAAACGUGGGAAAAGUUCAGCUCCAAAACGUCGAUCUUCACAUUUGCCAUCGCCACUUCAUUUAAUAAGAGAAGAAAGCGACAAAGAAAACACGACGGAAAUGUUGAAAUCGCCUGCAGUGUUUAACGAACUUAAAUUCUCAAGCACUCCAGAAACAGUGAAAAAAGUUGUCAAAGAUCCAAUUGAAGUUAUCGAUCUUGACACUUUUGAUUCUCCUGUCGCCAUUGAAAGUAACAAGAAAAAACCGGAAGGAUCAGCAAAAGCUUCACGACCGUCAACAUAUCAAAAUGAAAGAUUAAAUUUUAAGAAAGAACUUGAAGAGUUUGAGAAAAGAAUUCACGAGAAAAUGAAGUUUGAACUUCAAAUGCUUGAUUUUGACAUAAAUGGUCGUCACGUUGAAUCGAUGUUUCAUAUCACGAAUCAACGAGCUCAACUUCAGAAUCGCAUUGACAUGAUUGAGAACUGUAUGGGAAUUCUGAUGAAUGAAGAUUUCAAGAUUCAACGAAUUAUGGAAGUGGAAGCUGAAAAUCGCGAAUUACGUAAACGACUCGAUGAUGUCUUAAAACAAUUCAAAUAAUUUUCACAAUUUAUUCAAAUAUUAAUGCAAAUAAAAUUCUGAUAAAAUGAUUAAAUGCUUUGACAU